ACAAAAUGACAUAUAAUCGUUAUUAUUAACCUCACUGCAAAUAGUUUGACUAUUGGUGCUUUUACACCGGAAUGCCGAAAAUGUAUUUUUUUUUAUUAAAUGAGGGCAUUAGCGGCGGCGGAACAUGAAAGCGAAUGCCGGGGGCUGUGUAUGCAUCCACCUGUGGUUAGGCAGGGGGCUCCCCGUGACCCAGCAGGGCUGCGUGCAGGUGGAGCGGCUGUAGGGGGUGUUAAUAAUUACCGAAUGUACGGGAAUUCAGUAGAGAAAGCGAUCAGACGGGCAGACCCCCCCGAGCCCCCUCGGUAGAUGCGUGUGAUCGGCCGGCAGACAGGCCCCGGCUCCGCUGGCGCUCCCAGUCCUGGCUUUGCAGGCAGCCGCGUGUGAGUCUCAGGAGCUGGCCUCUUGUUUACAGCAUUAACGUCACGGAGAGAGCGGAGCCUCACAAUGAGCGAGCUCAAGCAGCCAGCAGCCGCCGGGGUCACCGCAGACACUCACUGAGCACCGGGACACCUCCCGCUGGGGAAACACGAGGCCGGCCCGACCGCUCUGUGUCCGGCUCUGACCUUCAGGGGCCCCGGAGAGGCGAAGCGAGGCGGACGCGCGGGUUUGUUGAGGGGGGUUAUCCGCUUCUCCAUUCAUUGGUCCCGCAGCGGCCUCCUGCGGUCUGGGCUCCGGCUCGGAGACAGAGAGGGGGAGGUUUGGAGGCCGGCUGGGAGAUGGAGGCUGAGGAGGCAGAGCUGCGGGUUUCGGGCACCUCCUGCCAGCUCCUCGUGUGUCGGGUGUACGAGCGGCGGGGCUGACACCCGCUUCCUGCCGAGCUACACGCGUAACCCCGGGGACUGGGGGCAGCAACACGGGGGCAACUACUUACCCUGUAACCCACGAGACGUACCCCGGGAGACGGAUACCGAGCGGCCCCUCUACUGCCGAGCACAUCCAGACCUACAAGACCGGGGCAAUCACACAAAGAACGGCCCCCGAGGGAUUAAGCCGGAGCCGGUACCGGGGGCCCCGCGAGCCAACGGAUUGUCUAUUAUUUUUUUUGGGAGGUUCUAGUUCCCCAAGAGGGGGGUAUCCUGAGCGAUAAGCGGCCCAUGUGACACCCACAACCACCCCCUGUCACAUUACAUUGUGUCACUGUGGGGAAGACUGCAGACGGGGAGGAUCUCGCAGCCCCUGCACCCACCGACCUGCCAUUACACCGGGGGGCAUUUCACAACAACAACUGCCCCGUCCAGCGCGCAGCACGGGAUCCGCGGCAAGGUCACACUUUAUGGUCCAUCCAUCCAUAUAGGCUCCAGAGUGUGACCCAACCGCCAUCUUUAUUUCGGGCUCCAGGAAUUUACCGACACUGUGGCUGCGUGGAUGUGAAUGCCCCGGGAUAGCUGGAGUGGAAUUUACACGCGAGGUUUUAUCCCAGGAUCCGUGGAGAUGAAGGUCGGUUCGGGCUGGGGUUCUACUCCGGCCUGGCUGUCGGGGGCUCUGCUGGUUCUGCUGUGCCCGUGUCUUUGCGUGGAAUUACUGGGUGGAAGAGUGUGUGGUCCCAGCAUGGACAUUCGGAAUGACGUUCGUGAGCUUAAACAACUAGAAGACUGCGUUGUGAUUGAAGGUUAUUUGCACAUCCUGCUCAUCUCCAAUGCCAAGGCUGAAGAUUUCCGCAACAUACGAUUUCCCAAGCUAAAAGUUAUCACUGACCAUCUCCUACUUUUCCGGGUGUCUGGCCUGGAGAGCCUCAGUGACCUCUUUCCCAACCUCACAGUCAUCCGUGGAAGACUUCUGUUUUACAACUAUGCCCUGGUCAUCUUUGAGAUGACUGACUUGAAGGAGAUUGGGCUGCAUAACCUGAUGAAUAUCACUCGUGGUGCUAUACGUAUCGAGAAGAACUCUGACAUGUGUUACCUUUUUACAGUGGAUUGGUCUCUUGUCCUGGAUGCUGUCUACAACAACUAUAUCGUUGGGAAUAAGCCAACAAAGGAGUGUGGGGAUAUUUGCCCAGGAACUAUGGAGGGCAAGCCAAGUUGCCCAAAGACAACCAUUAAUAACGACUAUAACUAUCGCUGCUGGUCGGCUGAUCACUGCCAGAAAGUGUGCCCGAACACGUGUGGUAAGAGAGCGUGCUCAGACCGCGGUGAGUGCUGCCACCCGGAGUGCCUGGGCAGCUGCACCGCUUCCGACAACGAUACGGCUUGUGUAGCUUGUCGCCAUUACUUCUACGAGGGCCGUUGCGUGCAGAGCUGUCCACCCAACACCUACAGGUUUUAUGGCUGGCGUUGCAUCACUCUGGAGGUUUGCAGCAAUGUGCAUAACCUGGUCAGUGGGUCAAACCGGUUCAUCAUCCACAAUGGGGAGUGCGUGGAAGAGUGUCCGUCAGGAUACAUGCUCAAUGGAAGCCAGAGCAUGUUCUGCAGUCCCUGCGAGGGUCCCUGUCCCAAAAUCUGUGAGCAGGAAAAAACUAUAGACUCCGUCAAUUCAGCCGAGAUGCUGGAGGGAUGCACAGUACUGAAGGGGAAUCUGCUUAUUAACAUCCGCAAGGGCCAGAACAUUGCUUCGGAGCUGGAGAAUUUCAUGGGUCGGAUAGAGACUGUCACAGGAUAUGUGAAGAUCCGACAUUCUCACGCACUGGUGUCCCUGUCCUUCCUGAAAAGCCUGCGCUACAUCCUGGGAGAGGAACAGCUGGAAGGGAAUUAUUCAUUUUACGUCUUUGAUAAUAAUAACUUACAACAGCUGUGGGACUGGAACAGGCACAACCUCACCAUCAAGAGCGGCAAAAUGUUUUUUUCUUUUAACCCCAAGCUCUGUGCGUCCGAGAUUUUGACCAUGGAAGAAAAGACAGGAACCAAGGGGAGACAGAGUGAAGCAGACAAAAGUCCCCGAACCAAUGGAGACAGGGCGUCAUGUGCAAGUCACGAAUUGAAUUUCAUCUCCAACACCACAUCAAAAAACCGUAUAAUGUUGACGUGGGAGCGAUACCGGCCUCCAGAUUACAGGGAUCUAAUUAGCUUUACCGUUUACUACAAAGAAGCUCCAUUCGCUAAUGUGACGGAGUACGAUGGGCAGGACGCCUGUGGCUCCAACAGCUGGAACAUGGUGGAUGUUGACCUUCCAACCAGCAAGGAUAAGAACCCAGGAAUCCUCCUGCAGGUACUGAAGCCGUGGACACAGUAUGCAAUUUACGUGAAGGCUUUUACCCUGACCACAAUGGACAGCCACCACAUCCAUGGAGCCAAGAGCAAGAUUGUGUACAUACGCACAGAUGCUGCAGUUCCUUCCAUUCCUUUGGAUGUGAUCUCUGCCUCCAACUCCUCAUCUCAGCUUAUCGUAAAGUGGAAGCCUCCAUCUCUUCCAAAUGGGAACUUGUCCUACUACAUUGUGCGCUGGCAGCAACAGCCCCAGGAUAGUUACCUUUACCAGCAUAACUACUGCUCCAAAGAUAAGGUCCCCAUACGCAAGUACUCCAAUGGGACCAUUGACACAGAAGAAGUGGCUGAGCCCACAAAGCCGGAGGCAAAUAGCGGAGAAAAGGGGCCUUGCUGUGCCUGUCCCAAAACCGAGGCAGAGAAAAAAGCGGAGAAGGAUGAGGCAGAGUUCAGAAAACACUUUGAAAACUUCCUGCACAAUUCCAUCUUCGUCCCGAGGCCUGACCGCAGGCGCCGGGAUGUGUUUGCCAUCGCUAACACAACAAUGGCUGGUCCAGGCAAAGAUAUCACCACGCAGGAUUUCUCCAACGCGUCUGACUCUGAAAGCGAUGAUGUCGAGUAUCCGUUUUUUGAGACAAAGGUGGAUCACCACCGCGACAAGACGGUCAUCUCAGGCCUGCAGCCUUUUACUCUGUACCGCAUCGACAUCCACAGCUGUAACCACGAGGCAGAAAGGCUCGGCUGCAGUGCUUCCAACUUUGUGUUUGCCAGAACUAUGCCAGCAGCUGGGGCUGAUGACAUCCCUGGACCAGUCACCUGGGAAGGAGGAGAGGAUGGCGCCGUUAUCCUGAAAUGGCCUGAGCCGGUGAAACCCAACGGGUUGAUUCUCAUGUAUGAGAUAGAGUACCGACAUCCAACAGAGACCUAUAAAAAAUGUGUAUCCAGACAGGAAUAUCGCAGCAUGGAAGGCACCAAGCUGACACGUCUCACUCCAGGCAAUUAUUCUGCACAAGUACAAGCCAUAUCUCUGUCUGGGAACGGCUCGUGGACAGAAGUGGUGUCAUUCUACGUGCAAGCAAGAGCUCCAGACAACGAUAACCUCCUUCAAUUGAUGGUUGCUAUUCCAGUCAUCUUGGUUUUGCUGUUUGUGGUCUUUAUCGUCAUCUUCUGUUUUGUUAGCAAGAAAAGGAAUAGUGAUCGGCUUGGAAAUGGAGUGUUAUACGCGUCUGUGAACCCAGAGUAUUUCAGUGCAGCAGAGAUGUAUGUACCCGAUGAGUGGGAAGUUCCCAGAGAAAAGAUUACAAUGAAUCGGGAGCUGGGACAGGGGUCGUUUGGCAUGGUGUAUGAGGGUAUUGCAAAAGGAGUGGUGAAGGAUGAGGCAGAGACAAGGGUGGCUAUAAAGACUGUCAACGAAGCUGCCAGCAUGCGUGAGCGGAUAGAGUUCCUGAAUGAGGCUUCAGUCAUGAAGGAGUUCAACUGUCACCACGUGGUACGUUUAUUAGGUGUUGUGUCACAAGGUCAGCCAACGCUUGUCAUCAUGGAGCUAAUGACUCGUGGAGAUCUCAAAAGCUACCUGAGGUCAUUAAGGCCAGACACAGAGGGUAACUCCGGACAGCACCCGCCUUCCCUGAAGAAGAUGAUUCAGAUGGCAGGAGAGAUUGCAGACGGCAUGGCAUAUCUCAAUGCAAAUAAGUUUGUUCAUAGAGACUUGGCUGCCAGGAAUUGUAUGGUCGCUGAGGACUUUGCAGUGAAAAUUGGGGAUUUUGGUAUGACUCGUGAUAUCUACGAGACAGAUUAUUAUAGAAAGGGGGGUAAAGGACUACUUCCUGUACGCUGGAUGUCUCCGGAAUCUCUCAAGGACGGUGUUUUUACCACCCACUCAGACGUCUGGUCUUUCGGGGUGGUAUUAUGGGAGAUUGCCACACUGGCGGAGCAGCCUUACCAGGGCAUGUCCAAUGAACAGGUUCUCCGGUUUGUUAUGGAAGGUGGUCUUCUGGAAAAACCCGAUAACUGCCCAGAUAUGCUGUUUGAGUUGAUGCGCAUGUGCUGGCAGUACAACCCUAAGAUGAGACCCUCAUUCCUGGAGAUCAUCAGCAGCAUAAAAGAUGAACUUGAACCAAGCUUCAGAGAAGUGUCUUUCUUCUACAGUGAAGAGAACAAACCUCCGGACACAGAGGAGUUAGACCUGGAGACAGAGAACAUGGAGAGCAUUCCUUUGGAUCCAUCGUGUACCAUGCAGACAUCUGAACACCAUGUAGGACACAAGGCUGAAAAUGGCCCAGGUGUAGUUGUCCUUAGAGCAAGUUUUGAUGAAAGGCAACCUUAUGCGCACAUGAAUGGCGGACGCAAAAAUGAGAGGGCAUUGCCUCUUCCCCAGUCCUCGGCUUGCUGAUCCUGGCUGGGGGUCUGACAGACACUUGUGGAAAUACACACUGCCUUGUGUUCCUUGUGGUCACAGGAGGAUCCCUCCUUAUCAGUGCAAACACUAAUUCUUUCUGUUUUUGGGAUUAGCUGCGGACUUCUCAUUAUUUGGCACUGGUGUUCUUUUUACUGAAGGAAUCUGUGCGUCAGACCAGUGCCCAAUCUUCCUCUGCGUGUCACUGUACACGUGCAUCUGAUCAUUCAUUACUUUUGGCGGGAAACACACCCCUGGAUCCGUGUUUGGACCUGAUAGUCCUCCUCUCCUGCUCACACACACAAUUUUUUUUCUCUUUAUAAGAAGACAAGUUUAACAAAGCUACAAAAAGUCCCAGUGAAAAUAAGUUUAUAUAAAAAAAUUCUGCCAAAUAGAUUUACCUGCAUAUCACACUGUAUGUUCAUGUUAGUAACUUAAUCAUACUAGGGAAGUCACCUCUAAAAGCCAGGCAAUACUUUUGUGUGUGUGAGUGUGUGAUGAGGUAGGAAAUGGGAUAAAACAUCUUUAUAUUUGUAAGACAAACAAUUCUGGAGAAAACUGGCAAAAUACAACAAGACAAAAUGCAGAAAGGGCUUUCACAGUGAAAUGUGCUUUUUUUUUUUUUUUCUUCAGGGGAAAAUUAGAGGAGAUGAUUAAAAACCACAGAGAACAGAAUGCAAUAUUGGUUUAACCUUAUCCGGCUUUUUUUUGCCCCCUUUUUUAUGCCCUUAUUAAAGCCAGAGGGUUAAUCAAUAGUUGGAAUUGUGAAAUGCUGUUUCUGUGCUGGAUUGUUCUAGAGCUUCGGACCUUCCUGCAUAUACGUUUGUGGUCUCUGAAUUUAUUUGUACGCCUCACAAUUACUCCUCGCCCUUGAGGAAGUUGGACAUUUUCUCUCUAAGACUUUGUAGAAGGUCCUUACAGUUCAAUGUGAGACCAGAGCACCAUUUGCAAACACAUUGUAUUUUGUGUCUUUUAUAUCUUUUUUAUGGUUCAGAUAUUCAUCUAUGUCUGUACAGAAAAGGCUGCUAUUUUUUCUUUUUUUUUUUUUUAUUUAAUCUAUAGAAGAAGAAGAAAGUCUCUUCAGGUUUACCCUUCCAUCUCUACAUGUCUCCAUGUUUCUCCAUCCACUUCUACAUAGGGCUUCUCCGGAAGGCGACCAAACGCAGGAAACUUCUGUUGACUUAAAAUGGAAGGUUUUGGACGAUUGCGUUGUGAUCUGCUGCUUUAAAAACAAGUUUAGCCCUCAAAAACCUUCUGCUCAUUAUCAGUGUGUCUACUCACAUCCCAUAUCCCUCACGGAAGGACUUCUAGUAGUAUUAGCCAUGAACCUGUAUAAUGCCUUUUUAUAAAUGCAUUUUUAUUUUUCAUUUUUGGGGGGUAUUCUGUGGUGUCAAUCCCAAUGUCGGGGGUGGGUACUGGGCAGGGUUGGUAACUUUUUGGUACAAUGUAUGAGUUUUGUUCCUUCCUCAUUUUCCUCCACACA